CGGGCAGGAUGCUCCGCUGGCGGGGCCGGGCGCGGGGCGUCGCGGUGGCGGUGGCGCACGGGCUGUGCUCGGGCUCGCUGAACAUCCUGCUGAAGUUCCUGCUGGCCCGCUACCACUUCGCCUUCCUGACGCUGCUGCAGUGCCUCAGCAGCGCGGCGGCGGCGCUGGGGCUGGAGGCGCUGCGGCGGCGGGGGCUGGCGGCGCUGCCGCCCUUCGGGCCCCGCCUGGCGCGCCCCUUCGCCGCCGUGGCCGCCCUGGCCACCCUGCAGUCCACCCUCACCCUGUGGUCGCUGCGCGGCCUCAGCCUCCCCAUGUAUGUCGUCUUCAAGCGCUGCCUGCCCCUCGUCACCCUGGUCACCGGCGCCCUGGUGCUCCGCGACGGCAUGCCUUCGCCCGGCGUCCUGGUGGCCGUCCUCAUCACCACCUGCGGCGCCGCGCUGGCCGGAGCUGGUGACCUGACUGGGGAUGCUAUGGGCUAUGUGACAGGCGUGCUGGCCGUGCUGAUACACGCUGCCUACCUGGUGCUCAUUCAGAAAACCAGUGUAGACAGUGAAUAUGGACCCCUGACAGCUCAGUAUGCCAUCGCCGUUUCGGCCACCCCUUUCCUCAUCAUCUGCUCCUUUGCCAGCAUGGAUUCCAUCAACGUCUGGUCCUUCCCAGGGUGGAAGGACCCUGCCAUGGUAUGCAUCUUUAUUGCUUGUGUUCUGAUUAGCUGUGCCAUGAACUUUACCACCCUCCACUGCACUUACAUUAACUCGGCUGUGACCACCAGCUUUGUAGGGGUGGUGAAGAGCAUAGCCACCAUCACGGUGGGCAUGGUGGCCUUCAAUGAUGUGGAGCCCACAAAGUUAUUUAUAGCUGGUGUUGUGGUCAACACCUUGGGGUCUAUCAUUUACUGCGUGGCCAAGUACGUUGAGACCAGGCGGCAGAGCAACUAUGAGGACCUGGAGAAAGAAGCUAGAGGAGAGGAGGGGAAAAGCCAGGCUGGAGACCAAGCUUUGUUUGCCAUGGAGACAAUUUCCCAGGGGAAGGGGGCUGAGGAAGCAGCGGUGGAAGAAUCAUCCACAGGGCAGAGACAGAGUGGAGAGGAAGAGAAGGACGUCACUGAGAAAUCAGCCAAGGCACUUGUGGUUCAGGGAAAAUCCACCAUCGCACAAGAAGUGAACAGAAGCUCUCUGAAAGAAGCCUAUCUUGGAGUAUGGAGGUUGGUGAGGGGUGCUAAUUAUAUAAAGAAGGAUUAUUUGAUAGAAAAUGAAGAGCUACCAAACCCUUAAAAAUCAGAUUUGAAAACCUAUUGUGUGAGGACAGACACCUGGUUUUCUGUACAGGGGAAGGCAGAGCAUACAUUUCCACAUCAGUGCUUACAAAUCCAAAUCAUUCAGGAUGACUUUACCUCAUUGUCAAAAAGCAAAAGGUCAUAGUUUGCUCAUGCUUUGGGCUUGCUUUCAGCUGCUUUCAGUAUGUCACUCUAGACCCACCUCAGCUAAGGUGCUGACACUCUGCUGCAGACACAGAGAGAGCUGGGUAAGGGGAGCCACAGGGUGCUUGCCCAGCAGCUGGGAAUAUGAGGGAUAUCUGUGCCACUGAGAUACUUGGCGGUACCAGUGACACAGCAGUGGCCUAUUCCUUAGAUUGUGUCUGGAGCCUAGUGAUUUUAACACAUUUGGAGGCUCUGUCAGUGUGCUUCUGUAUCUGUAUCCAUCUAUAGGUACUCUACAUAACUAAUUCCUACAAUAUAAACUCGUAUUAACUGUACUUUUUUGUGCUCCUCUGUGUCCAUGCAAUUGCAACAGAGAUAGAGGUUGUGCCACUUCAGUUAUAUUGGUGUAAAAUCACUCUCUUAUCUGAUGAAUUGAAGCCCUCCAGGCCAAGUCUUGGACCUGGUUUACAUUGGGUACUUUGUGUCUUCAGUAGAAAUCCUUUAGUCUUGUGGUGGUGUACAUGAAAGCAGAACCAGAUCUGAGCUUCUGAGAAGCUUUGACUGGCAAAAGAAGGAUGUUUAACUAUGAGCUUUAACUAUACGUAGCAUUUGGAAUAUUAGCUUGACUCAAAUAAAAGAGUUUGGAAAUGUUGGUAUGUAUUGAUUGGAUUUGGGAAGGCUAUAAAAAUUUAGGGAGAAAGUGUGUGCCUUGUGUUAUCCCUCCUUGUACCCUAAAGUCAGAUGAACCAGAGCCUGGACUGGAACCCAGGUGUCCUCUCCAUUCAUUCUCUCAUAAGCAGAGGCUGGGAGCAGAGCUGGGGACACCAGCUCUGAAGGUGCUUUUGCAGGACAACUCCCUGGCCGUGUGCUGGUACGUGGCUUUGUGCACAUCUGCCCUUGCUGUCCCUGUGCUGUGCUGUCCAGCGGAACAAAGCGCGGGCAGGCAGCAGGAGCUGCCCGGUGCUCUGGCAGAUCCCAUGGCCAAAUGCUUGGGAAGCUGGAUGCUCAGGGUGUUCAGCACGGGGACACCCAUGGCUUUGGCAGAAGCAGCUCCCAGUGCCCAGGCUGUCCCUGUCCCCGUGGGCUCCGAGGGGCAGAGCUGCCUUUCCCCUUGGGAACUCAAGCGCUUGCAUGCGAAGUGAGAGGCAGGCACCCCAGCGAGGCCUCUGCUGAAUGUGCUAGUAUUUUGUCCCACAUCUGUUUAACUGAAAAGACUGUGGAAAAAAAUGUUUGAGUGUUUCUUUGCCUGAAGAUAUCUGUUUGGUAGGGGGAAGUACUUGGGUGGAACCUUUGCUCAGGCUAGACAGAGAAAAGAUUUGACUGUGAGUACCCCUAAAGCGUGCUGCAGC